AUGAAGGAUUCGCCACUUGCACCUACACUACGGCCAUCGGAAGCCCAGUUUGCAGACCCUAUUGGCUUUAUGUCAUCGGAUGAGGUCAUCUCUCUCGGAGAGAAAUACGGAAUCAUAAAGAUAGUACCACCAGAGGGCUGGAAACCCAAAUUUGCUUUGGAUAAAGACAAGUUCACUUUCCAUACUAGGCUGCAAAACUUAUGGGAGUUAGGUUUGAUUGGUAGAUCGAGAAAUUUCUUUUUGGAGGGAUUUAAUAAUUAUUUGAGGUCCAAGGGUAAGAAACCAAUGAAAUCAUCAAAAAACAGAUCUAGAGGAAGAAGAAAGAAGCAUGCGAACAAGCAGAAGGACAAAAAGAGCCAAGAAUAUGAUGGAUUUCUAGGUCUAAAAAAUGGCUCAAAGAUACACAUUCAUACACUUUACAUAGAAGGUAAUUUCGCCCAUUACGCCAAUUUGGUGAACGAUCCAAAACUUUUACGGGAUGUUGAAAAGUAUUCAAAUUUGCUCAAAAUACAGCUAGAGGAUUAUUCAAAAUUAAAAACGGGUCGGAGGCACAACACUCUUUCACGAUUGCUUACAUCAGAGGCUGACGAUAAGAUACUAAACCUUAACAAAGGAUGCUCAAUAUGUCACAAAAACAACCAUUUUGAUAAAAUGCUUCUCUGCAAUGGCUGUGAAAAAGGGUUUCACAUGUAUUGCUUGAAUCCUGCACUGAGGGUUGUGCCAAAAAGUGAUUGGUAUUGUGAUGAAUGCCUUAGGGGGACAAAUGGUGACUACGGCUUCGAGGAAGAUUAUAGUAAUAUUUUUACUUUGACCGACUUUGAAGAGUAUUGCGAAGAAGAGAAAAAAAAUUUUUGUGAGACACAGUUACAUGGGGAGAUGAACCCUUCUAUUGAUCAACUAGAAGCAGAGUUCUGGAAACUAGUAGAUGGAGGAUCAAACGGUACUUAUGAAGCUGAUCGAGAGCAAAUCAGUGUCAGGUAUGGUGCCGAUAUACACAAGGAUGACGCAGAAGAAGUAUCUGGAUUUCCAACGGAAGGAAAUUCCUUAAUAGAUCAAGAAGCCGGACGAAAAUAUAUUGAUAGUCCGUUUAAUUUGACCAGAUUACCGUUUGCUGGGGGAUCGCUACUACGAUACUUUCAGAAGGAGGACAGAAAUCAGAUGUCUGGAAUAACCAUUCCUUGGCUCUAUGUCGGGUCGAUGUUUUCGACUUUCUGCUGGCAUAAAGAGGAUCACUAUACUCUGAGUGCAAACUACUGUCACAUGGGUUCAACCAAAAAAUGGUAUGCAAUACCGGCACGGGAUUGCCAGAAGUUUGAGGCACUCUGUAAAAGCAUUGCACCAGAUUACUUUAAGAAGCAACCUGGCUUAUUACAUCAGAUGACAACACUCAUUUCACCACAUGAUAUUGCGUCCUUCCAGCAGUAUAGAAACAUAAAACUGGAGAGCGAUGACUUUGUUCAUUGCUAUUCGGUGAACCAGGAAGCAAACGAAUUUGUCAUCACAUUUCCGAUGGUCUAUCAUGCUGGAUUUAAUUGUGGGUUCAAUGUUAAUGAAGCGGUUAACUUUACUAUGCCUUAUUGGCUUGGCUAUGGAGAGCAAGCCGUCUGUGAUUACAUUAAAGAUGGAAAAGAGGAUGUGUUCAAUUAUUACGGCCUUUUGAGAAAUAUUAUGGACAUUCUUAUGAAUGAUAAAGAAGAAUACAAAAAUAUAGAGGACGAGUUUGGACAAUGGACCGUGACAGCAAUGCUUGAUCAUUGCUUCUUGAGUUAUAGUGAACAAGUGAAACAGUUUGGCUUAUUGAAAAACGACAAGAAGUUGCAAAGCAUUUUAGCGCAAAUACCACAUACUGACUUUGAGGAAUAUCAGCAGGAAAGACAGAGAAAGCUGCUGGCCGGCUGUACUCAUCAUAGAACAGGCAGAAAACUGCCUGUACAGAAGGAACAGGAGGAUAAUACCUAUGACCCUGAUGAAUUCAUAUGCCAUGAAUGCAAGACAUUUGUUAAUUACCAAUGGAUCGAAGUGGAUAUCCUCAAGAAGAUAGCAGCUGAUUUACAAGAUAUAUCAAACACAAACGGACAGAAACAACUUCCUACACCAGGAAAUUCUCCUCCGAAGUUUGGAUCGAAUAAUAAGGGUGAAGAUAUUGAAUCUGAGUGGAAACAGAUCAUGGAAAAGGCACGAGAGGAGGGCCUGAAUGAAAGUAUUAAAAAUAACGAGUCACAUGCAGGCAUGAGACUGAGAAAGAGACGUAAGAUUGUGAGAAAUGAUAACUCGGAUACUUAUGAACUUUCAAGCGACUAUGCAAAACAAAGGAAAGAGAAGAUGCUGAAUAGAAUGAAGAAUAAAAGAAGGAAACAUUACAAUUUUGGAAAGAUGGUAUUUUGCUUAAACUGCUUUACAAGAGGAAUUAGUAAAAUGGACCCCACACAAAUAGAACAGUUGAAGAAAAUCUCAGUUGUCUACGAUCGUGAAAGUUACGAGCAUUUACGGGAGCAUAUAGAGAAGACGCUAGAGCCUAAGCUGGGACUGUUAGGUAUUAAAACACACCAUUAA